UCCGGGCUCCGCGCCCUUCGCUACCGCUCGGCCGUGGCGCAGCGCCGCGCCGGGCCGCCGUGCCUCAGCCCGGGGGCGGCUGCCGGUUCAUGUGAAGCCGGAUGAGAGAAGAGCAUGGAUAUGGGGAACCAACACCCUUCCAUCAAACGGUUGCACGAAAUCCAGAAGGAAGUCAGAGAGAUCGAACAGCAAGUGGCCGUCUUCAGCGGGUUGUCCACGGACCGGGACUACAAGAAGCUGGAGAGGUCCCUGACCAAGCAGCUGUUCGAGAUAGAUUCUGUGGACACCGAGGGCAAAGGGGACAUCCAGCAGGCCCGGAAGCGGGCUGCCCAGGAGACGGAGCGGCUGCUGAAGGAGCUGGAGCAGAACGCGAACCACCCGCGCCGGCUGGAGAUCGAGGCCAUCUUCAAGGAGGCACAGGCGCUGGUGGAGCGCGAGAUCACGCCUUUCUACCAAGGAGGCAACUGCGUAAGCGAGGAGUUUGAAGAAGGCAUCCAGGAUAUCGUGCUGAGGCUGACCCAGGUGAAAACCGGAGGGAAGGUUUCUUUGCGCAAAGCGAGGUAUCGCACCCUGACAAAAGUGUGUGCCGUGCAGGAGAUCAUAGAGAGCUGCGCCAAGAGACAGCUCUCCCUGCCGCUCUCUAAUGAUGCGCAUCCUUCUGUCUCCAAGAUUAACUCUGUGAUGUGUGAGGUGAACAAAGCGAGAGGAACUCUCAUUGCGCUUCUGAUGGGAGUGAGCAGUAAUGAUACCUGCAGGCAUUUGGGCUGCGUGCUCACAGGCCUCGUCGCCGAUUUGGAUGCUUUGGAUGUCUGCGGUCGCACGGAAAUCAGGAAUUACAGGAAGGAGGUCGUGGAAGAGAUCAAUAAAUUGCAGAAAUACCUGGACUUGGAUGAAGAAGCGAAUUCUACUCACGCUUAUGAUUUGGCACAAAAUCAGUCCAUUCUAAAAAUAGAAGAAAUCCGCAAGAAAAUGAAGGAAGUUAAUUCUUUACUUUUAAAAACAGAGAAUGCUUCUGAUUUGUAUUUGGGAUCCAAAGCGGAACUGCAGGGAUUAAUUGCUCAGUUAGAUGAAGUGAGUCCGGGAAAAAACCCUUGUAUUAGAGAAGCCAGGAGAAGAGCAGUGAUAGAAGUACAAACUCUCAUAACAUACAUCGAUUUAAAGGAAGCACUUGGGAAAAGGCAGAUGUAUGCAGAGCAGACUGCUGCAGAACAUCAGUCUCAUAAAGCAGUUUGGACUGUUCUUGGAAACUUGUCUCAAAUUCAGCAGGAGGUGAUUUCUUUUGAUGGAAAUAGAACAGAUAAAAAUUACAUGCGAUUGGAAGAACUCCUUACAAAACAACUUCUUGCACUUGAUGCUGUUGACUCACAAGGUGAUGAGCGAUGUAAGGCUGCCAGAAAGCAAGCAGUAAAGCUUGCACAGAAUAUUCUUUACUAUCUGGACAUGAAAACAGAUGAAUGGGAGUACUGAAGGAGCCAUGGCCUGACAUAAAAUAACAUUUUUUUCCUGCAGCACUUCAUGUAGGAUGAUAGUUACAUUGGCAGCACAUAAUGAAAGUGGUGUUCUGUGCUUGCUUAAAUCACGGAGGUUGCAUAAAAAGUUACCUUGGCUAUAUGCGUGCUAUCCCACGCAGUCACCCACUUGCCAUGGCAACUGUCAGUACACCAUCAGCAAUUCUGGUCACUGCUAUAAGCAAUGGAAUGUAAUUCUCUGAAGGAGCAGCUUAAGAGUUGAUUGAAUUGCUUCUUUUUUUAAUCUGUUUUGUUGUUGUUGUUUUGGUUUUGUUUUGUUUUGUUUUUAUAACCUAUUGUAAUGUUCAGAGAAUGCAAAUAUUUCAAAAUGCAGAAAAUUCCUUGUGGUGCAGUACUGGCAGAACUGUUUCAAGAAAGCUGGACAUCAAAAUUAGUGUUUAAGCAUGAGGCUCCUUCCAGCAACUUCAUAGCAGUCUGGAUGCUCUUAAUGUGCUGUUUUGAUGAAAAGUAUUAAAUGCAAAAAAAACCUGCUGCCUUUUGGGUUGUACUUUUUUUAUUCCAUCCAUCACACGUUCUGGUUGUUUAGAUCUCUUUAGACUUCCUACUUAGCAGAAGUAUAAUGCCAACUUCAAAUUUACAUAGGCAAAGCCACUUUUUUUAAUGGUGUCUGUGACCUAUGAUUUGCAAGAACAGUUCUGCUGCUGGUGGAAACUCUCUAACAUUUUUGCUUUAAGAAGCUGAGACUUGAAGAGGACAAUCUGUAGAUAUGUACUGGCCAGAUGAAUUGGGUUUUGAGGAUUUCACACUGCCAUCCAUUAGCACCUGAAAACUGCAAUGAACUUUAUUAAUGGUACUUAGGGGUCUUUUUAAGAUUCUGCUGUUCUAUCUGCUUUUGACUUGUCUUUUCUUAUUUGAUGAAAAAACAGAAGUCACUUUGAAGCGGAUGAGCGUUUUUGAAUUAUUUUUGUAAGACUAGAGAGCUAGAUAUAAAGGCAUCCCUAAUGAUGUACGUUUGUGUGAUAUAUAUAUAUUGAUCUUUCAUACUGGUCAGGUGUGGCUUUAGGCAUGUCUUGGAAAAGACUUUAGGCAUACGUCUCUCCUUGUAACUCACUGCUUAAUUAUAAAUAAGCUUUGUAAAUAAGCUCGACUGUACUACUUUAUGCACUACCUUUCCAUUUGUGGCUGCUAGUACCUAUCACAUUUCUACUACAGCAUGGUUUUUAGCUUUUUUUUUUUUUUUUUUUUGAGCAUGGCAUUAAAAUGAAUGAAUGCAGAGAGAUAUAUUUAAUUACAGAAACUUUGCACUUCACACUUUCAUGUCGAAUUAAUGAAUCAAUGUUCCAUAGGUGAUGUUUUGCACCUCUUUAAGGAGUAAAGACCAUUUCGGAUGUUAAACUUUAAACAAAGUAUUUUUCAAUAUAUUUUUGACCGAUUAAAUAAGACAGUGCUGCCUGUGAGACACAAGUGCCUUUAGGACACCACAAACUUGCACCAUUAUGUGUAGAUAUAGAAACUGUUUACUGGCAGCUUGAUGCAAACUGGAUUUAUUAUGUAUAUGUAAUUCCACUGUAUCUCAAGUUAAUGUAAUAGAAUAGGUGAGAAUUGCUGUAUGGCGUCCUGACAACAAGCAUCAAAUUUUGGAAAAAAUAUAUUCUAUUUAAAAAUGAAUUUAUUUACUUUAAAACAAAUACGGAGAUUGGGGACAAGAAAGAGAGAGUACUCUUCCUCUGCAACAUGCUUUCAGAUGCUGCUGAAAGCCUGUGUCACUUCAGAGUGUGAAUAUAUCUUGUUUUGUGAGCAUGCAUGUGAUUUCUCUGCAUUUUACUUGCCAAAACCAAUCUGUUUUUUCAGUUAAAUACCUAAGGUACAGUUUGGCAAUGGCAGAACAUUUGCUGGAGGGUUCUCCCUGGCUCUUCAGAGAUACAACCUUGUUGAAUUUAUUUGCCCUUACCUAAAAAAAUAUAAAUAAAAUCAUUUCUUCUGGGUAAAAUUCCAAUCUGUAUUUAUAGAUUUUAUGGCUGACAUGGAAUAGUGAUGUUUGACACCUGAAUUAUUUUACUCAUUUCAAGAUUUCUCCAUGUUUGAACUUCAAUCUCCGGUUUAUGCUUAAAUUUUUAGGAAAUGUAAGAAUUUAAUAGUGUGGUGAUAGUAUGCAUUUUUCUUUUGUACUGCUGUCAGGUCUGCAGUGGUUUCUUGGAGGUUGUUUAACAAUUUAAUGUCGGUGUUCUUUGGAGGCCAUGUGUAGCUUUAUAAAUGUUUGAACUUAGGCAAAAAUGAGUAAGCAUAGUUUUCAGAUCUAUUUUAACUCUGCUUGUCUUUCAGCUUCUCUGAAUAAAAAAUCAAGCCUGCAUCUCUAGUGAGGCAAAUGUGUAAGGUUAGUGUCAUUUUCAUUAACUGACUAGGAUUUGGUAGCACAAUACUGUGUGGAUUAAGCUUUUUUCCAUUGUUCUGUAAUCUAAUCAAUUGAUUAUUUAAAUUUUAUGGUAAAAUCCUCAUCUGGAAUGGGAUCAGUUCAAUUUUUGCAUGAAUGAAAACUAAAUAUGCUUAACCAAAAAAGAAAAGGAAAAAGCAGAGAUUUCUCGAAGUCUUGCUUUUGUUCUAAAGAAUGUAAUGACUCUUUUUUUUUCUAUCCAAACAUUGAGGAACACACAGCUUCUCAAUAUGACAGGCUAAAUAAUUAGCAAAAUGUAAAUGGACCAAGUUGCAAAAGCUUGCAUUUUAGUGUUCUGCUGAAGUAAAGUAACUUUUCUGUGUUCUUUGUAACCUACCUUAGAGCUAAACAGGUUAUUGGAUAUUUUGGGGAGGUAAUGAUACUUUACAAUUUCUAUUUGUUAAUUGUAUUUCCCUUUGAAUUGGUUUUGUUUGGUCAUGUCAGUAUUUUUGUUGCUCACCUCUCAGAGGGUUUUUGCUCUGUUACCAGUUUGGAGGAGGCUUUUGUUAACGUAAAUUAUUGUACAUGCUCCUAUGAUGUAUGUCCUGAUUUAUUGCUGUGUAGGGUGUGGCAUUUGUAUAUACAAAUUCAAGGUUAAAUAUUGCAGUGUUAUAUUCCUGAUUAAUAAAAAUACAUUGCUAAUUUUACAAGGUA